AUGCGCACACAGGAAGUUGAGGAGGAGGGGAAAAAUGCCAUCGACCAUGCCGCAUCUCCUGUCUCUCGUGAGAUGUCUCCUGAGGAAUUUGAACUUGAGGAGCAUGAGGAAAGAUCUAUGAUCGAGCCAAGAUCAUUUGAAGACCCAAAAUUGAAGGAGCUCAUAACCAUCUUGAUUGACUGGAUCAACGAUGAGCUGGCUGAUCAGCGAAUCAUCGUCAAAGACAUAGAGGAAGACCUUUAUGAUGGACAAGUCCUGCAAAAACUUUUAGAAAAACUAAACAAUGUCCUGCUGGAAGUUCCAGAAGUGACCCAAAGUGAGGAAGGCCAGAAACACAAACUUCGCAUUGUUCUCAAUGCUGCCAACCAGUGCUUGGGAGUCCAUAGAUGGCCCAACUUGCAGUGGAGUGUGGAGAAGAUCCAUUCUAAGAACUUAGUUGCCAUUUUACACCUGUUGGUGGCCUUGGUACGCCACUUCAGAGCUCCUAUUCGCCUCCCUGAGAAUGUAGUUUUGAACGUUGUUGUCGUCCAGAAGAGAGAUGGAAUUCUGCAUCACCGGACCAUCAUGGAAGAGCUGACUUCCACAUAUGACGACCUUGGUCUCCGAGGAGAGAGAGAUGCCUUCGACACCCUCUUUGACCAUGCUCCUGACAAACUUCAAGUCGUGAAGCGGUCACUGGUGGCAUUUGUCAACAAGCACCUGAAUCGCUUGAACUUGGAGGUCUUCAACUUGGAGACCCAAUUCAGUGAUGGUGUCUACCUUGUCCUUCUCAUGGGACUUCUGGAGGGUUACUUUACUCCUCUCUUCAGCUUCUUCUUAACUCCAAAGGAAUUUGAUCAGAAAGUACACAAUGUCAACUUUGCCUUUGAACGCAUGAUUGAUGCCGGACUUCCCCGCCCCAAGGCCAGGCCUGAGGAUAUCGUGAAUGGAGAUCUGAAGUCGACCCUGAGAGUCCUGUACAACCUGUUUGCCAAGUACAAGAGUUCUGUUGUGAGGUCAGGAAGACGUUCCACCCUGCCAGGGAAUAAGAAUUAG